AUGGAAUUUUUAGAGGUUGCAAAGGAGACUCUUCUAAAGGGAAAAACUCGAUGCCCGUGUAAUAAAUGCAAGUUAAAUAAAUGGUUUGACUUAGGCGAGGUAGGAGGACACAUUUUAUUUAACGGUUUUUAUAAGAAUUAUAGGCAAUGGAUUUUCCGUCGUAGAGUUGAAGAGAGUAAUACCUUAGAGAUCCCUAAUGAUCAAGAAAAUGUAGUUGGUCGAGAUGAUAUGAAUGGGUUACUAAGAGCAGCUUUUAAGGUUGACAAUAGUCCACAACCCACCAACAAACCCCAAGACCCAUCAUUAAGUGAAGCUAAUUUUGAAGAUGAAUAUUCGUAUGACAUGCAUGAAGAGUUAAAUUUUGAAUGUGAGGAAGAUGAUGAAUUUCCAUCAACCAACACCAAUGAAGAAGAAGCGAAGUAUAAACGACUUAGGGAAGCUUCUGAUGAGGGUCUAUAUGAGGGGUGUACAACUUUCUCAAAGCUGUCGUUUCUAUUGCACUUGUUUCACCUCAAGUGUAUGUUCCAUUGGUCUGCCGCAUCAUUUAAUAAGUUGCUUGAGCUUCUAUUAGACGCAUUUCCUUAUAUUAAGGAGUUUUCAUCGUCGUAUUACGAAGGCAUGAAGAUAAUGAAUGAUUUGGGAUUGGGUUACGAGAAAAUCCAUGCAUGUCCGAAUGAUUGCAUGUUAUAUUGGGGAGAAUUUGCAGGAAAAAGUGAGUGUCAUAUCUGCCACAGAUCAAGGUGGAAGAAUGUGAAAGAAAAGGAGGGUGAGAGUAGUGUGAAAGACAAAGGAACAUGUAAGAAGGGUGUUCCAGCUAAAGUGAUGCGGUACUUUCCUCUGAUCCCUAGACUAAAGAGACUUUACAUGUCAUCUAAAACAGCAGAGGACAUGAGAUGGAAUUUUGACCGCAAGGAUGGAAAUAUCAUAAGUCACCCGGCGGAUGGUGAAGCUUGGAAAAUGUUUGAUAAAAGAUAUGAGGAAUUCGCCAAAGAUCCUCGUAGUGUUAGAUUGGGUCUAGCAAGUGAUGGCUUUAAUCCAUAUCGUUUGAUGAAUACUAGUUAUAGUACAUGGCCGGUGAUCCUGAUUCCUUAUAAUUUGCCAUCGUGGAUUUGUAUGAAGUCGACAUCAUUUAUUUUGUCUGUGCUUAUUCCGGGGAAACAGGGUCCUGGUAUGGAUAUUGAUGUGUACUUGCAACCAUUAAUCCAUGAGUUAAAAUUGUUGUGGGAAGGUGUAGAUGCCUUUGAUGCUUAUAGCGGAAAAAAUUUCAAGAUGCGAGCAGCCUUACACUCCACUAUAAAUGACUUUCCAGCAUAUGCUAUGUUGUCGGGUUGGAGUACAAGAGGUUAUAAAGCUUGCCCUUCGUGUGUUGAUUCUACUCAUUCUUAUAGUUUUGGUGGUAAAAUUGUCUACCCUGGGUGUCGAAAAUGGUUACCAGUUGACCAUCCUUAUCGUUCUCAAACAAAUGAAUUUGAUGGGACAGAGGAACAUGGUCUUGCUCCGGUUCGUGUAAGCGGGACAGAAGUUUUGAAGCAACAAGAAAAAGUUAAGUAUGUGUAUGGAAAGUCAAAAGUUGUUCAGAAAAAAAGAGGGAGACUAGAAGAUGAUGAACUUGAUGAUGAUGAUGAUGAUAAUGACCAGGAUGAGUCUAAUCGUGUUCUGUGGAAAAAGAAAAGUAAGCUUUUUGAAUUAGAAUAUUGGGAACAUAAUCCUCUUAGACACAACUUAGAUGUUAUGCACAUUGAGAAGAAUGUAUGUGACAAUUUCUUAGGAACUCUUUUAGAUAUGAGAAAGAGUAGAGAUGAUAAGAAUGCUAGAUUGGCCCUUAAAAAACUGAACAUAAAAUCUCAUCUUUGGCCUCAAUCUCACCAAGUCGUGUUAACGACUAUUUGCCUCCGGCUGCAUACACUAUGUCUAAAGAAGAGAAAGAAAGAUUUCUUACAGUCCUACAAAAUCUUAAAGUUCCUGAUGGGUAUGGAUCUAAUUUGCAAAGGUGUGUGA